GCAGUAGUCAUCACCGCGUCGUCGUUGUUUUUGGUUGGUUUCGGUUUGCUCAUCGUCGAAGCACCUACACUCUACAGGAAAAAGAGAAAGAGAAGAAUAUUUUAAAAAGAAGCGUGACUACUAAGAGAUUUCCACCGCACACAUUGCUUGUUUCGAUCGUGGGGCUUUCAGUGGCGACGAGUAUUUUCCAUUCUAAGUGCCAUAAAACUUAGUGCUUUACAAUACAGGGCUAUCGACAAGAAGAAAAAAUAUCGUGGCAGGCCAGAAAAUCGUGAAACGUCGAUGUGUGCGAUGCUUUUUCCUGAAGUGGUGUGCCUGCAUGCUUGCUUUGCUAAAGAGUAGCACGGACUAGAGAGGAUGAUUUGCUGCGCUUAAGUGGGUCGCCAUUUUCUUCAAGUUUUCCGUUCAUCGUGGUUGAUGGAAAACAGCGCUUCCGUCGUGUGUCUGGAAAGCAGUAACCAACAAAUAUAAACAGCAACAAAACAAUGGAUGAUGAUCAGCAGUUCUGUCUUCGAUGGAACAAUCACCAGAGCACACUCAUCUCCGUGUUCGAUACACUGUUGGAGAAUGGAACACUGGUUGAUUGCACCUUGGCGGCCGAAGGAAAAUUCCUGAAGGCCCACAAAGUUGUUCUCUCAGCGUGUAGUCCGUAUUUUGCGGCACUCCUAUCGCAACAAUACGAUAAGCACCCCAUCUUCAUACUCAAAGAUGUGAAAUUUCAAGAGCUCCGCGCCAUGAUGGACUAUAUGUACCGUGGCGAAGUCAACAUCUCACAGGAUCAGCUGGCUGCGCUUUUAAAAGCGGCCGAGUCCCUGCAGAUCAAAGGUCUGUCCGACAAUCGGGGUUCGUCCUCAACCGCGCCAUCACAGCAGAAGCAGCAGCAGAGUGAAGCCUCAGCAACUAAAACGCUACCGCCACCCGUACCUGCAAAUAAGGCUUCAGGUUUAACUAUCGAAAAUAAAAGGCCUUUGAAACCAGAAUUGCUCGAUUCGGACGUGUCUGGAUCGCGAGAAGGCUCUACUAGUCCCACAUCGCGAAAGCGUAAAAAAAUUCGACGAAGAAGUGUUGAUACCAACAACCUAAUAGAUAAUCAUGACCAGCAUUCAAAUUCCUCAUCACAUUCAAUGCACACCUCCUUGCAACCACAAGCGUUGGCCCUGACGUCAUCGUCGACCGUGGCCAGUGUUCCCGCAACCAACAACACUGCUACCUCCCUGUCAUCAUCAGUUACGACGCCCUCAAAUAGUGCGAAUGUGUUGGCCACGUCGGCUGCGGCUGCGGCGGCGGCAGCAGCUGCUUUAAAAAAGACUGACUCCGUUCAACAGCAGCAAGUUGCCGAAGCGUUGAAAUUACAAUUGGUGAAACAUAAUCAAAGCCAACAGCAACAACAGUCACAACAGCAGCAGCAACAACCAACCCAACAACAACAGGCACAUCACACAGACGACGAUGAACAUAGCGAAACGGAACAGGAUGAGGGACAUGGCGAUGAAGACUCCGAUGAUAUGGAUGAACCGCCUGUUAAACGCUUACCACAGGGCGGUACGGGAACAGUGGAGGGAGUAGAUGGCAAAGUAAUCAAUAAAUCCGAGCUGAUGAUCGAACCAAAAAACGAAUACGAUGACGGUCAGGACGAAAAUGUGGAGGAUUUAACGCUAGAUGAGGAAGAAUUGCUGGAUGAUCUGGACCAGGCAGGGCCCAGUCACGGUGGCGAAGGAUCUAGUCAAGGCUAUGCACAAUGGCAAAUGGAACGGGAACAAAACGAAGCGUUUAUGGCUGCUCAAGACGCUGUCGGUGGACAACAUCGAGACGCACAAGAUAAACGCUCACCCAAAUCGCCGUUGGUGUCCGCAGCAGCUAAGAAAAUCAAAACGUUCACAGUGAGUGUUCCAACGUCAUCACAAUCGGCCUUGAUAUCUCCAGUGAAUACGGUCACUUCGCAGCACGUAACUCAGAUAACCCAGUCUACACCGGUAAUUUUGAACGAUCUCAAUGACUGUCUGCUGGAGAGCAAGAAUAUUGUUGUGUCCAAAAAGGAUAAUAAAUACAUUUUGUUCACCACGGCGGCCGUGUCACAACCGCCACCGUUACAGCCUGUACAAACGGCCACCGUGAUCGACACCGGACGCAUCGAGGAACUGCUGAAAAAGGAUAAGAUUAUCAAGAAGACGGAAUUGCAGGGCGAUGGCACAACGACUACAACAUACAUCUUCGACGAGUGCGAUAUUUUACCGUUGAAAUCUACAUCCAAAGAAAUGAUAGCUCACUCCACACCGAUGCCGGCAACGGUGGAGACGAUCAGCUUGACUCCACAGCACAUGGGAAAACCGACUACUAUUUCGAUAGUAAAAGUUGGUGCUGGUGACGUUGUGACUACAGCAGGCACAGCAGUAAUCCCAGUUGGAACCGCGUUAGUUCCCACUUCAAUAACACCCAGUAUCAGUGCUAUCAGUGGCAACAGCACUUUAAUCAAUGCCAGUACAAUUCACAGCAACCAAAGUCAAAUUGCUUCCGCUAAGAAGCUCUUGAAACCAACACAUCCGCGGAUCAAGUAUUCUAAGCAUAAAAAUCCAUCGGUAAAGUCAAUAACAACUUUACCGAUUUUGACGAUCCCUACGGUCACUACCAGCCAGCCGAUUACGGUUCCUAUCCAAGAAUCGGUCACUGGAACGACCACAAAGAUCGAAUUACUUAAUUUUUCCCUUUCGCGAAAAUUCCCUGGACAUGGUGCUAAAACUAUUGAUGUGAGCAACAUCCAGCAGAUACCGAUUACAGCCGUAUCGAAACCGAUGCCCAUGCGAUACACUGUCAAUGAGUAUGAAACAUCCGCCUCAAAUACAUCUCAAAGUAAUGAUUUCACCAGCGGUAUGAUUGAUGAUCUGGAUUACUCUGUUAUCGAUGACAUUGAGCUUCCGGAUGAUGUACAGGUGAAUUUUGCAGACGCGUAUCCGUCAAAGUCAUCGCAUGGUGAAAUAGACGAUGAUGCGGCUGAGUCACAGGAUCCUGCCAAAUCGAUGGCCAACAAGAAAGGGCUCAAAUCUGAAGCAAAAAUACUCAACACUUCGAUGGACGAAAAGUAUGCUCUGUUGGCUAAUACGAGUAUUAUGAAAAACUUUGAGUACACAGUAAAUGAGUCAGUGGUGAGUGAUAAUGACGACGGCGAGAUGCGGCAGUACAUUUGUCGGCAUUGUGGCAAACGUUACCGCUGGAAAUCGACGCUACGCCGGCAUGAGAAUGUGGAAUGUGGUGGCAAAGAGGCAAUGCACCAGUGUCCCUAUUGUACAUACAAGGCGAAACAGCGUGGCAAUUUAGGGGUUCACAUUCGCAAACAUCAUGCGGAUAUGCCCCAGCUGGAAAGCCGCCGUAAGUCGAAGAAUCGCGAGUCGUUGAAUCUGAUCGAUUCGAUCAAACCGGAAACGAUGGAAUCGGGAAGCCAAGAGCAUCUGUGAACUAAGCAUAAUAGAAGUGGUCGUUAAUGUUAGAAAUUGAAACGAUAUCGCGAUUCUUCUGUUACUUUACACCAAGAGUGUGUAGUUAUAUUUGAUGAUUGGAACAUGAAGUACACGGAAGAAAAUUCAAAUACAUUUUUAUUUCAAUGUUUUAUACGACAUGCUUCUGUUAACACUGCCUUGAACUCCAUUACUCUAGGUUCCACAGAUGACGGAUUAGCUCAACUAGUAAUAUCUGGAAAUGAAAAAUAUUUUUUUAAAGGCUUUUUAUUGCAAAAGUCACGCGGACUACUUUUUUUAUUUUUUGCUUUAUUUUCGAUUUUUCUCAAAAAUACUUCUAACAAUUACAAAAAAUAUGCACCCUUAUUCUUGUUUACGACGAAUGCAAGAUUCGUUCGAAAGCGAUUCGAACGAAUACUAAGCCCAUUUGAUUUUGCUGUCGUAAACGGGAAUACAAACCACUUUCGAACGAAUCUCGAAUUCGUCGUAAACAAGAAUAAGGGUGAUGAAAUUGCUGAGCCCAUAAUCGCAAGUCAGUCACAUGUUCUAUGGAAUUCCCUAUCUACAUGGGACUUACUUCCGAUUAUAUGCAGCACAGGUAUCCUCCGUUCCAUUAUGUUUGUAAGGUUGCCAUACAAAAAUGAAUUUCUGUUAAUCUGACAUGAAAUUCUUUAGCUCUAGAGGAUCAAAUAAACAGUUUUCAAACGACUCCUUAUUCCAUAGUUUUAUGGAAUAUAAAUGGGGAAAAAACAAUUAAAAAUAAUCGCUAUAACGUAUUGAAUAGGAAUUCCGCUUUUGAUGGAUCGUUUCUAGUAAAUGGAUUUCCAGGUAGUGUCGUGCACCAGCACAGAGUAAUACAAAAAUUUACAGCAAUUUCAGUGUUUUUGUCGUUCAUUUCAGCUGCAGAGAGUAGGUUCUAAAUACAGAUUUUUUUACAAGAUAAGCAUAACAUAACCAAUACAAUAGGAUUUAGUGGUAAGACAACUAUGGAGCAGCAUUCUAAAAGCAGUCACUUGACACAGAAAAUAAAGUCAGAACCAAAUAAUUUUUUGCUAAGUGUUCGCUUUUACAGCGAAGCUGCUAUUCUGUGAAUGAAAUCAAACUUUGUCAACACUUGUAACUUAAAGUUAAUCAUCAUUUUCGUCGCUACAUUUUAUCUCUAUAGAUCUUACGAACAUAAGUUUGAAUGAGUUUUAACUGUGAAUUUAUCUUGUAUUAUUGCAAUUAUCAUACACGCACGUAUGCAAACAGGGCAUAUUACUAGGUUAUACAGCAGUAGAUUAUAUUUGAGAACUACAAAUAAUAAUUGCAUUUUUUGAUUCCCACCACUUUCGUUUCACUACAAACUGAUAAGUAGGGUAAUUGCAAGCUUUCCCGGAAUAUACACUACGUGUGGUUAUGUCUUUCCUUUCUGCAGAUUCCUUGAUGAUCUGAGCUGCAGUGAAACACUGUUUCUUCUUUCUGUAAUCGUGUAGAGUUUAUGUAGUAGUAACGAUUAAGAUUUUAAAAUCGUUUUGCGUUCAACUGUCAGCUUAAAUUUUGUUUAGAAAUCAUAACAAAACGAACAUUAUAAAAUAAGAGGUUGAAAUUAAGAAUUAUAAUAACGAGGCAAAUUAAAUUGCAGUAUAUUAGAAUAGAGUAGGAAGGAGGUCUAAACGUUAAUGUGCAGACAAAAAAAUGACAUACAAACUCAUUCAGCUGACACAGUUGAAAAAGAAACACUGUUUGUAAUUUGGUUGCCAUUCAUGUGCCCAGAGGAAAGGUAUGCGAAAAAAAACUCAAUUUGACACAUGUAAAAAUUGCAUUAGUGUUAGAGAUGACACAUGCAUACUAAUACAAACAAUACAUGCAAAUUUUUAAAUUUAGAAGAUGAUCAGCACUAUAUAUAUGAUUCUAUAUAUUUAUCUGAAAACUUAAAAAAUAAAUGGAUGGAAGUUUAUGAGCUAAAAAUCGUA